AUGUACGACCCCGGACCCACAAGCUGUAUGGUAUCCUUCAUUGGCGAAGAAGAUCACACCAGGAAUGCCUGCCCGAAAAUCCGGGGUUGGAGUGCGGGUUGGUUCCAAAUGUCAUUUACCACUCCGCACUUUGGACCAAGCAUGCUUAUUAUGGCUGCACGAGGAGUCAUGGCGGAGAAGACGGGUACCCAUUUCGAGGACGUUGAGUUACCACAUACUCAAGGUGACGAUGAGAAACAUGCCGAAGUUGGAGCCAGAGUCAUUCUAGGACAUGAAGCAUUCAACGAAGCUAUGCUCAAGGAGCCUCCAAAGGCUUUCACGUGGUCGACCACCCAGCUCUACACAGCUUGCUUCAUCGGAUUCUUUUGUGCUACAAUGAAUGGCUACGAUGGAUCCCUCAUCAACAAUUUACUGGUCAACCCUUGGUUCUUAGAUUUCUAUCAUGGCGAAAAUGCAGGAAUAUGGGCCGGUAUUGUCACUUCAAUGUACCAAAUUGGUGGUGUGGUUUCAUUGCCAUUCGUCGGACCUGCAGCAGAUACAUUCGGACGACGAUUUGGAAUGUGGCUCGGAUGUCUCUGCAUUAUUCUUGGCACCAUCGUUCAAGGAGUUGCUACAAGAGAUGCAGGUGUAAGACAAUUCAUGGGUGGUCGUUUCUUACUAGGUUUUGGUGUCAAUAUCGCAUCUGCAGCCGGUCCCAUGUAUGUUGUGGAGGUUUCCCACCCUGCCUAUCGUGGUGUAGUGACAGCUAUUUUCAAUUGUUUCUGGUUCACUGGGUCAAUCAUUGCCAGCGGUGUAGCCCGUGGAGCAGACAACAUCGGAGGGGAUGAAUCAUGGAGAUUAAUCAUCUGGGUCCAAUUGAUGUUCUCCAGUAUUAUCUUCGUCUCUGCGUACUUCCUGCCCGAGUCUCCAAGAUGGCUUUAUGUUAAUAACAAACGCGAUCAAUCCAAGAAGAUGCUUACCAAGUACCACGGAGAAGGAAAUCCGGACAGCGAAUGGGUAAAGUUGCAAUUGAACGAAUACGAAGAACUUUUGGAGAUGGAUGGUGCCGAUAAACGUUGGUGGGAUUACAGAGCGCUCUUCAAGAACCGAUCGACUUGUUACCGUCUUUUCUGUAAUGUUAGUAUAUCGAUCUUUGGACAAUGGGCUGGAAAUGCUGUCUUGUCAUAUUUCAUGGGAAAGGUUUUACAAACUAUCGGUAUUGCAAGUCAUGUUGGCCAAGCAAAUGUCAUUCUCAUCAACAAUUGUCAACAAUUCUGCUGGGCGCUCUUUGGUGCAGCAAUGGUUGAUCGUGUCGGACGUCGUCCUCUUCUUCUCUUCUCUAACGUUGGAUGCUGCGUAAUCUGGCUCGCAAUGACCAUCUCCGCCGCCCUCUACCAACAAUCGAUCCCCGACCCCACCAAUCCCGAUUCCAUCGGUACCAACCACGCUGCAGGCACCGCAUCCUUAGCCUUCAUCUUCAUCUUCGGAGCAGUCUACUCCGUCGGUUUCACUCCCCUCCAAGCACUCUACCCCGUCGAAGUUCUCUCCUUCGAAAUGCGUGCCAAAGGAAUGGGAUUCUCGGGUUUCUCCGUCGCAGCCGCAGGUCUCCUCAAUCAAUUUGCAUGGCCUGUCUCAAUGCAAAAGAUAGGUUGGAAAACGUACAUCAUCUUUACGGUUUGGUGCGCGAUUCAAGCAACUACGGUUUAUUUCUUCAUUCCGGAAACCAGAAAUCGUACGCUGGAGGAAUUGGAUGAGAUUUUUACUAGUCCAAAUCCAGUCAAGACGUCGAUUGCGAGAAAGAGAAUUGGUUUGGAUGCUUAUGGAGAGGUUGUUAAUAUCCAGGACGUUUGA